AAAGGGGGAUCAAUGAUUACACAGGAAUACUGCGUACUAACACAGAGGACAGCAGUAAGAAAUACGCGUUAAAAAUCCCCUCAAAUCAACAUAGAAAAAGGACUAACAAAGCAAGGACUGGUUUAUUUUGAUUUAUAAAAGUGAAUCAUUUCGGAAACUGUCAACAACUUUCGUCACCAGGGCUUCUUAUUUUGAAGAGAAGAUGCUGAAAGUUUACCUCAUGUUGGUUUUGUCAGCGGCUGCUGCUGUUUUCGCUGAAUCGGUACGAGAAACAGAAACAUGGGUACCUCUGAAAAACAAGUCACCCCAUGAGGAUCUGGAGUCCUCCGGUGACUCUCCGCAUGAAGAUUUUGGGUUUGCUGAAUUAAACCCAACUGAUGACGAGGAUGGCUAUGAUGAUGAUGAUGAAGAUGAAGAAGAUUAUUAUGAUGACAUGUCAGGCUCUGGAGAGACCCCAACUGAGGAUGAUCUCUUCGGUAACCGGAUACCUGAUUCCGAGGGUCCAUUUGACCCACAGCCAACUGUAGAUGAGAAGAUUCUGGUUGAAAACAACGAGGUCGUGUUGCGUGGAUCACCAGACCAAGACGGUGACCAGCUCAGUAAUGUGCUCAUGACCCAUGCUGGAGAUGAGAGCUUGUUCCACAACAAAGAGGUUCUUGCAGCUGUUAUUGCGGGCGGAGCAGUUGGUCUCGUCUUCGCCAUCCUCCUCAUCGUCCUCCUCGUUCACUUUGUUCUCCGCAUCAAGAAGAAAGACGAAGGAAGUUACGACCUGGGCAAGACGCCCAUCUACAAGAAAGCUCCUACCGCAGAAAUCUACGCAUGAGCGUCCUCACCCUCACAUACCUUCUCUCUCUCUCUCUUUUGAACUAUAAGCUCACACAGUGCCUCGGCCUGACGGGCCGCCGCCAACCUCUCACAUACCACGCAAACCGCAGGAAAACCUCAAACGAAUAAUUUACUCUGACUGGACAUUUGCAUUGAAAUCUCAGAGGAUCGCGUCUGUUGCCAAACUGCCCGGUUUUGUUCUCACACCCUCUUAAGUGUAUUGCCUUUUUGUCAUGUGGCCCAUUGUGUCCUUUUUUAAAUAUAUAUAAAACACUACAAGGUGCAAUGGAGCCUUCACUGGUUAAAGGCUUUGGAUUGACCAUUUUAUCCACCAUUAUGAUAAACAGUCAAGUGUCAUGAUUGGUGCUACAGAGGGGGUGGUUAUUGUAGCCUUUUACGUUAUCAAAUGUCUUUUGUUUUUAAAUCUGCGUGCUGUAAAACCUUUUAAUUUUCAUAUUAAACAUCAGAGGUGAAACCAAAUUGAAGGCAUGCAGUAUAUGUUCAAAACUAAAUUCCGUGAGAGCAAAAUCUGAAAUUGGUGUACUAGACUAAUGUAUACUGAUUUCAACUAUGGUGUUAUGGUACAUUCCACAUAUCCGUAUGUAAUUGCUGUGGUGGUUUUAUAUGUCGAGAGACCGGAUCCACUACAGUGCUGCUUGACUGUCAGCUAAGCUACUUUAACAGGUACAGAUGUUGUUGAUUGAGAAUCAGUUCACUGCAAACAGACUUUGUACAUCCAGGGAUCUGUAUAUAGCCAUUUGAAUAAAAUGUAAAACUUUGGUACUUAGCCAUUUCUUGACAGCCUUUUAUUUACCAAAUAUUUAAAUGCCAAAAUCAGUUUUUAUUGUUCUUAUAUCUCAUCCCGGUAUUUGCUUUUGGCAUAAAGCCUGAAAGCAGAUGGUUUGCUUCUGUAUCUUUCGGGAACAUUAAGGAAAAUGUUUUGUUGGAGAACAAUGACCAAUGUUAGUACUAACGUUUUUCUUUUCUUUUUUUUUUUUUUUUUUUUUCCUCAGUGUUUUUGUAGAUGUUCUUAAUUCCGUUUUUUUUUAUUUUUUUGCUAUUAAUUUAACUCGUAUUUUAUUGCCUGCCUUCAGGUCGGGGAUCUUUGUCCCCCUUCUCAGCUGUUGUACAUGUGAUAAUUUUUAUUUUAUUAUUUUGUUUUAUAUACAGUAGUGCAAAAAUUCAAAGGCUGUUAGUCUUUCAACAGAUUUUUUUUUUAAGAGUUUCUAUUUCUUUUAGACUUUUUAAGCCGAAUCUAUUUAUGUUUUGUAGAAGGAUGUUCUGGAUUAGUUAAGGGGAACGUGAAUGAGCUGUGCAUUACUAGCAUGGUGUAUAAUGAUAAAUUUUGCUGCUUUGUUUGGUCACAUCCAGAUAAAAUCACUGAUCUAAUGUUGAAGUCAAUGAAUCAUUGAUUUCUGCAUGCAGGUUCUGAUCUGUUGAAAAUAAAGCUAUUUUAUGCACAUAA